AUGAGCGAUAUUUUCACAGAUAAUCAACGUGUCGAAGAUCAAGCAUUUGGACGAACAGCGAGACAAGGCAAACGUGGUACUGGAUUGAUGAUUUUAAAUUCAAUGAAUUUAAUCGAUUAUAAUCAUAUAAAUACCACCGAAGUCAAAUUGCAAAGAGAUAUAAUCGAAUCAAAUAUGUUAAACGAAUUUCAAAAUAAUGAAUUGAAAUUGAUUCAAAUAAAAGAUAAACUAUUUAAACAAUUCUGUACAUUUUUAAAUGAAGAAAUUCGUCAUGAUAUUCGAUAUAAUCAAGGAUGUUUUCAAACAAGUUUGAAUGCGGUAACAGACGUAUUUAAAACUGUUAUGCCAACUGUUUAUGAAACAAAUAUAAUUGCAGCUGCUGAAGAACAAUGGGCAAUGUUUUUACGAAAAUUAGAUGAUGACACUAUACCAUCAGAUCAUGCCGAAGAAGAAUGCAACAAAUUGAUUGAUCUAUUGAGAAAAGAUUACAAAGAAGAGGAGAUUAUUAAAAAUUCAUAUUAUUAUACAGUGAUUGCAAAUGAUAUUAUUAUGAAUGAUUGGUCCAUACGUAACUCUUCAAAAGCUAAACGUGCUUUGAGUCAUUUUGAGAAAGCUGUUCAAUUAGAUGAAGCUGCUUCUGGUGCGGCACAUUUAGGUAUAGCCUGGUGUGCACUUAUAAUUCAAGAUGAGAAUUAUAAAAAGAAAGCACUUGAAUCAUUUGAGAAAUCAUUAAAAAUCUUAUCGAAUGAAAUGGCAAUGUUAAAUUCAAUGCAAUUACUUUUAGAACAAAAACAACCGACAUUUACUGAUAGUGAACUAUAUAAACAGCUUAUGACGAAAGUAACUAUUUUAGGUACAUAUUUAAAUAGUGUUCAAGGUAAUAUCGGUGCAAUUAAGAAAUCUUUGAGACUUAUUGAUUUGAUUGAAAUUAAACAACAAUCAAAUAGCAAUGUUUUAGAAAAGAUUGAGUAUUAUUACGAACGUGAAAGAAAUAGCAACAAAAAAUUAGAAAUUAAAAUGGAUAAGCAAACAGAUUAUACUUUAAUAUUCAAUGAUUUAACAUGGAGAGAAGAUAGCGGUACAAUUGAUCAAGCAUUGAUAACUAUAAAUAAUGCAUACUACAAAGAUAAAUUACCAUCAUCAUACCAUGGCAUAUCUAUUACAUUGAAACAAGCCGAAUUAGAUAGAAUAAAAGCAAUUUUCAAUCAAAAUAAAGAAUAUCUGGAUCUGACGAAAGAAUCAGCUAUAGAUAAACUUAAAAGUGAACGAACCAUGUGGAAUAAACUUCGUAUAACAAGUUCAUAUCAAGUUGACUUGAAAAUUAUACAUAGUGAUAACAAAACUGAAGAAUUCAAAAAUAAACAAAUGAGUGAACUUAUUACAUUGAUUGAAGCAAAAACGGAUGAUACACUUCGAUUUAACAUCAUUAUUAAAGAUGCAAAUGUAAAUGAAGUGAAUAAACAUUUCAAAAAUACAGCUAAUGAUUCUGCAACUCUUCAAAUUGAUUUUGAGCGUUUAGAUUUUGAGAGCAUUGAUGAAAAACUCUCUUCAAUCAAAGCCAAGUCUAUAAAUAUCGAAAUGGUCUUGACUAAAUCAACACUUUUGCCAAUUAUUGAUCGCAAUAAAUGUAUAAAUACUGCAAAAGUAUGUGUAACUGAACAGAAAUUGUAUGAAAAAGUAAAUCGAAAUGAAUUAGUGAAAAGAGUAACAGAACUUAAAAAUGAUAAUUCAUAUUUUUAUAUCAAAUUUGAAUCAUUGCAAACCGAUCAAAUUAGAAACAUUAUAUGUGACUGUAAAGAAAUGUCAUUUAAUAUUUCAUUUAUUGGAAUAGAUUUUUAUAACAGUAUUAAUGGUCUUAAUGGGCAAGCAAAUUUUCAUUUUAACAAUUUAAACAAGACAACAUCAGAAAUUAUAAUAAAAGAUCUUCGUAAAGAGAAUAUCGAAUUCUCUUUCGAAUUUCAAUGUUUGAAAGAUCAUCAAGUUGAAUAUAUUGUUAUUCAUGCAAAUCUCGAUCAAGAAAAUAUACAAAUAAGUAAAGCAAAAAAUCUAAUGGAAUUAUACACAAAAGGUUCUAUGCCUACUGUUGAACUGAAUGAAUUUACAGAAAAAGUUUCUUUUAAUGGUCUUAAUGGGCAAGCAAAUUUUCAUUUUAACAAUUUAAAUGAGACAACAUCAGCAAUUAUAACAAAAGAUCUUCGUAAAGAGAAUAUUGAAUUCUCCUUCGAAUUUCAAUGUUUGAUAGAUCAUCAAGUUGAAUAUAUUGUUAUUCACGCAAAUCUCGAUCAAGAAGAUAUACAAAUAAGUAAAGUAAAAAAUCUAAUGGAAUUAUACACAAAAGGUUCUAUACCUACUGUUGAACUGAAUGAAUUUACAGCAAAAGGUAUUGAAUAUAUGAUCGAAAUUAAUGAGAAACGAUUUUUUCCUUGGAGAAGUGUAAUAGCUGUGGCUAUAUUAGGAUCUCUUCAAAUUAUUGCUGGCGGUGUUCUUAUUGCUACUAGAUUUGGUUCUACUGUAGGAAUGGGUCUAAUAACUGAAGGUAUAGCUGAUAUGUUCACUGCCUAUAGAGCAUUUAGCAAUAGACAAUUCAGUUGGGGAGAUUAUUGUAAACAGAAGGCUGUCAGUUUAGUCAUUUCUGCUGUUUCAAUGGGCUAUUCCAAGCUUAAAGAUGCUGAAAAAGGUGUCAAGACAUUAGUUGGAUCGGCUGGUACAGAAGCGCUUGAGCAAGCAGGAACACAAUUUGCAACAAAUACAAAAACAAUAGGUCAAACUGUUGCUCAGACUGGCAAAAAUCUCAAGAAUCUUGCAUUCAAAUAUACCGGUGUUAAAGGAAGUGAAACAGUUGUGAGAGAAGGUCUCAACAGUGGUGUAGAGUAUUUAUCGAAAUUUUCAUUUGAUUUGAUUAAACCGCAAAUAUCCGAAUCAGUUCAAUCAAAAAUUCGACUGGUAUUUUCUAAACCUGAUCUGACAUAUUUGUUACGAAAAAUGUAUGCGUUAGAUUUACAAACCAAGUCAAAAAUAUUACAAUGUAAAGUAGAUCAAAUUGUUGCCGAUACAAUAAAUCCACGACACGAUAUCGCCCGUAAACAAUGGGAUUCAAUUGGUGGACCCUUGCUCAAAGGUGUUUUGGCAGAUGUCAAAAAUUAUGGUAGCGCCAUUAGUAUGACAAUUAGAAUUAUCGGUACAUUAAAUGGUAUAUACGAGUUACAAACGUUAAUUGAUAACGUAUACAUAGAGUUGGUUAAGAAACUUUCACAAAUUGAUAAAAAUACAAUGACAAUCACGCUCGUCUUACAUCGAAAUCUGAAAAUUGAUAAAGAAAUUGCAAGAAAUGCAGUGAAUAAACUUAAAAAUUUGGAAAUUAUUGACGAAAAUGAUAAUUUAAAACUUUCGUCUUAUUAUGAUGUUAGUGAUGAAUGCAUUAAAUUGAAACGUAAAAUAGAUGAAUUCAAUCGACAAGAAAAAGAUCAAAAUGAUGUUGCACAGUUUAUGAAAUCAUUUUGUGAUCAAUAUAUGCAAAUUGAAUAUGAUUCAUUUAGUAUAAUCAGUAAAUCUGUUGCAGACAAAAUAACUGAACAAUUAAUACAAAUAAUUGAAUCGCAAUUAAUACAACCAUGGUCAACAUUAGCAGUUAGCAGUUUAACAAGUAAUCUUUCAAAUCGAAUUCAACAUAAUUAUUUGAUUGAUGAAAAUCAAAACUCAGAUAGUCACAAUAAGGAUCAAGAAAAAUAUGAUGAACUUAAAAAUAAAACAAAUUUAACAGAAGAAGAAAAAACGUUCAUGAAAAACUAUGGCAAAUAUCGAACAUUUGCAGAGCCAAUUAAUUACAAUUCUAGAGAUUAUUGUGUUGCCUAUACGCAGUGUGAAGUGGCUUAUUAUGCAAAGACUUCCAGCACUGUGCAAAAUGGAAAAGAAGUAGAUAAAAAAGUAGAAGAGCGUGCUGAUGAUGUUGACCAUGGUUGUAUUAAUUG